AUGAGCGAUCGCUUCGAUUGUAAGAACUGCAAGGAGUCCCUGUACGGACGCAAGUACAUCCAAGCGGAGGAUAAUCCGCACUGCAUCCCGUGUUAUGAUCGUCUUUAUGCUAAUACUUGCCAGGAAUGCAAAGAAAUCAUCAAUCAUAAUGCAAAAGAGCUGUUUUACGACAACCGAUACUACCACGAACACUGCUUCCGCUGCAUGCGUUGCGAGCGCUCGCUGGCCGACGAGCCCUUCACCAGCCAGGAUGAUGCGCUGGUGUGCAGCGAAUGCUACGGCAACGAAUUCUCCUCCAAGUGUGUAGUCUGCGAUAAGAAGGUUCUGCCCGGAUCCAAAUUGUUGGAGUACGGCGGCUCCACGUGGCACGAGGACUGUUUCAUGUGUCACGGCUGCGAGAAGCCCAUCGGCGCCGAGGCCUUUAUCCCAGACAAAAACAAUUACUACUGCGUGCCGUGCUACGAGGGAAGACUCGCUCCCCGCUGCAGGCACUGCAACAAGGCUCUGACUAAAGGAGGGGUGACCUACCGGGACGAGGUGUGGCACAAAGAAUGCUUCCUCUGCUCGGGAUGCAAAAGCCCUUUGGCUGGCCAACCGUUCACCUCGGAGGGGGAAAAACCUUACUGCGUCAAGUGCUUCAGCAGCCUCUACGCCAAAAAAUGCGCCGGCUGCAACACGGCCAUCACAGGCUUCGGAGACGGCAAAUACGUGUCUUUUGAGGAGCGACAGUGGCACCAGCCGUGUUUCAAGUGCUCCCGAUGCUCCGUGUCGUUGGUGGGAUCUGGAUUUUUUCCGGACCGAGAGCAGAUUUUGUGUAAAGACUGCAACAGCGACGACUGA